AUGGCUGCUGCGCUGCCGCAGUUCCCCCGCGUCGUCUUUACGAUCCUUGAGCCCAUGUCGCUCGUGGCAGGCUUCCUUGGUGCCGUAUAUGAUCCGGCAUGGUUCGUUGCGCAGCAGAUCCCCCAGGAAAAACCUCUCGUGGCCUCGGAGAAUAGCAUCGUGCUGGCCCACCAACUAGGCAACCUGUACCUGGGAAUGUGCCUCGUGGGCUUGUCUUUGUUCUGGUCCACCUCCGAGGUCAAAGUCAUCCGUAGCUAUCUCAUUGCCCUCCUGAUUGCCGACGCUGGCCACGUUGGCUUCACAUGGUACGGCAUGGGUUCUGAGAGGUUCUUUGACGUGUCUGGGUGGAAUGCCAUGGCCUGGGGGAAUUUAGGAGCCACCCUGUUUCUUGCCUUUACCCGCAUUGCCUAUCUCUCAGGCAUCUUUGGCCCGGAUAGUGCCGGCCCAGCUACCUUGAAGCCAAGCAAGAAGAACAAGGCCAACUGA